CGGCUUUUCCUCCACGUGGCACUCGCGCUCCUCCCCUUGACGCAUCACUUAUAUAUCUCUUCCACAAUCCGGUCGGCGCUUCUGGCUUAUAAUGAGCAUGGACGACACCGCGAGCCAGGCGACUUACCACUCUCGUCCUGACGAUGACGAGGGCCACGAGUCUAACCAAGGUGGGCAGCCCCGCAAGAGACAGCGCGUGCGCCUGAGCUGCCUCGAAUGUCGUCGCCGUAAGCUCUCUUGCGACAGAGGCUACCCAUGCCAAAGAUGCAUCAAGAGUGGUACCCCGGACCGCUGCACCUACGAGACCAAGUCGGGCAUGGUUAUGAACGCUAGUUCGGGCGUGCCACCGGCUUUUGCCCAGCUCGACUCGCGGCGGCAUGGGAGUGAGACGGCCGUUUCAACAAGGGACUCGGACUCGGGUGUUAUCCGCGACGCCGCCAAGGAUUACGACAGGAUCCGCAGGCUCGAAUUGGAGGUCAUGCACUUGAAGAAUCAACUCAACCAACACUCCAACGCGGUCUCCUCCUUCGAUGGUAGCACCGUCGCUGCCAGCAAUUCUCCGCUUACACACAAAGAUGAGAUACCUCACUCACCAACGGAUCCCGAGGCCAACGACAUCGCCUGUCUAGCAUACGCGCAGAAUGACAAAUCGGAGCUGAGAUUUUUCAGGGGCAAAGAGUUCCGAACCCGCUAUUACGGCCCCCAUAAUGCCACCAUGGCUUUCCUUGAGCUCCGCGGUCUUUGCCCCUUCAUGCAAGAGACCGCCGAUGAGUGGCUAAGACCGGCAGCGGCGCAUGAUAUGAAGGAUCGCAAGAAAAGAAAGGAAGACCGUGAGAAGGCAUUCCUUGAGCGCGACCUCGAUCUCGAAGCACUUCUGCCCCCAAAAGCUCUGGUGGAUUCCCUCGUUGAAGUCUACCUAGAGCAAUUUGAGCAGCUUCAUCGUAUUGUGCACAUUCCGACUCUCAAGCGAGAGUACUCACAGUUCUGGGAGGACACCGAGUCACGACAUGCAGCGUUAACAGCACUGAUACUUUCUAUGAUCGCUAUUUCCAACUGUAUCCAUACACACGACACCCUUUGGUUCACUGGAAUGGUAUCCAAUGCGCACAACACCGCAGUCAAGUGGAUCGAAGCGGUGGAAAAGUGGCAGACGCGACAGAGCAUGAAGCACCGCCGUCUCAUCCACUACCAGAUCGCCUGCCUGCUCUACCUCGGCAAGCGCGUCAAUAUUGUCAAGAAGAAGCGGUUCUGGACCAAUUCAGGGUCGUUGAUCCAAGACGGCAUCUCGGUCGGCCUUCACCGGGACCCGAGUCACAUGGGAGGCAAGAUCUCUGUCUAUAACCAGGAGAUGCGGCGGCGCAUCUGGGCCACGGUCCAAGAGUUUGAUAUGCAGGCGAGCUUCGACCACGGUCUACCCACCUUGGUGAGCCAAUUGUACUACGACGUCAGCCCACCGCGGAACCUGGACGACGACGACUUUGACGAAGAAACAACAGAGCUCCCGCCAUCGAAACCCGCCAAGGAGUUCACCUACUCUUCGUAUCAAAACUUGGCCCGGCAGAGCCUACCGCUCCGGAUCGAGCUGAGCCGCGUUCUCUGCGGUCCGCCUGGCGAUCUUGACUACGAACAGGUAAUCCGCUUUACGAACGACAUCACUCGCGAGAUUGACGCCCUCCCGUCGUGGGAUACAAACGGCACCAACGGCCAGGGCGGGAAACGACCGCUCCUGGCAUACACACUGCUACACAUCGAGCUCCGACAGUACAUAAUCCCGCUGCACCAGCGCUUUCUCAAGAUGCGCAAGACCAACCCGAAGUACCAGUACUCGGAAAUCAUAUACUACAACGCUGCGCGCGACAUCGUGCUGCUUCACGACAAAUUGUACGAGCAAGGGGUGCGAUCCUUGAACUUUCUGCGCGAGGACGCCUUAACCACGGCCGUCAACCUCUGCAAGGUGACCAUGCUGCAACCUCGCGGCUCGACACACAUGAUCAUGAUUAACUCGCAACAUACCGUCAAGCUUCUUCAGCGGUGCCUGGCCAUCAAAGAGGAUCGCCUCAUGCGGUGUGGAAACAACGAACCCUGGGGCUACUCCAUAAUGUGCGCGGCACUUGGCUUGCUGGAGCUCCAUCUUGGUACGAAGACGGCGGAACAGGCCAAGGCGGCGUCGGCUGAGAGAUUUGUGAACUUGCAUUACAAGCUAUUAUCGUACCAGGAGCCGCCGGUGGCGGCGCAGGCAUCGGAGCCAUCCAGGAUGCCGGCGAUAUCUAUGGAGGUUCCCGAAGGGGCGAGGUCCGUCGCCCCGUUAUCUUUCCAGGGGGCCUUCCCCAACUUCCCUUCGUCGCAAGGCUCCGGUGUGGAUGGUGCGCCCACACCUGUGACCUGGCUGCCAUCUGCCGUCGACCCAUCGGCGCAAAAUUUAAACCCUGAUUUCAGCAUGGAAUCGCUUGGCCUUAACCUGAACGAACUCUGGGGAGAAGCUUGGGAUAUGCUCAACUGAGGAAGCGGAAUGAGGUUUGCGUCAUUCGACGAUGUACUAUUAUUUAUGGAGAUACGACAGUGAUACCCGUGAAAAAAGAGAAG